UAAUAAAAACAUGUUUAUAUUUCUAAUCAUAUAUUCUAAAUAAUCUCACAUUGUUAUAUAAGUAAAACUUUUAAUUCUAUUAUUUAGCAUUUGAAUACAAUUUCGCCUUUUGCUUAAGAAUUAAAUCAUCUCAUAAAUUAAUAUAAAAUGCGAUCGAAGAAGAAAACAUUUGAUCCCAUAAUUUAUUCAUUUUCUGACAAUUUUUUAGCUACCAUAACAAAUGAAGAUCACAAGAUAUUGUUUAUUGGUUACCUGACAGAACUUAAUAGUAGGGAUGAUGCAGUUCAACAAAUAAAUAUACUGAAAGAGAUUCAUAAACAGUUAGUAUCUAAGGAAAAUGAAGAAAACUAUCAUUGUUAUUUGAAUGUUCUCUCAUAUGUAUUUUGCAGAACAUCUUUAAAGAGUUCACUGAAAAAAGCAUUGAAUAGAAUUUUUCUAGAUACAUAUGAGCAGAUGCCAUCUGCAGUUCUUUUAGCCUUAGAAAAUAAUUUGAGGUAUUCUAUACAGAUUCAAUCAGCUGGAAAGUCCAUUAAACUAAUAGAAGAAACGACUGAUUGCCUCUUAGGAAUUCUUGAUAACAAUUUUAAACUUGGUCCUCAAGUUAUCAAUAAUGAAUUGAUGCUAGUUUGGAGAUGUAUUUCAGAAUUAGUUGAUUAUUUGCAAGAUUCUUUUAGUCAAAUCUCUAUUGAAGAGAGCCAUGCCUGUCAAGCUGUUUUAAAGACAGUUAUAUCUAUCUUUCAAAAAUGUGAAAAAGCCGAGCAUCUAAUCAGGAGUGCUUGCAGUUACAGUCAACAAAUAGAAAAAUAUUUGGUUCAUUUAUUACAAAAUGGGGAAACUUAUUUAAACUGUCGUUUGAAUGCCGGAAUUGCAUAUUCUUAUUUUCUGUUGAAUGACCCAAAAGCAACUGAGGCAAAAAACAGUAGCAGAUUGGAGUUUGCUUUUGACAAAAUAAAGAGUUACUCUCAAUCGUCUCAACUGUGCAUCUUUAGUGGUAUUAUGGCUGUUGUUUCUUCAGACGAAAUUAUGGAGCAAACAUGCUCACAAUCACCUAUUUAUAUUAUUUUGGAGGAAAUUAUAUCCAUUUCUAAAAGUGUGGAAGAUGCAGAUUUAUUAUUGCUGUCUACACGAGCCUUGAUACAGUGGACAAAUGUUUUCAGCAAUGUUCUGAGGAAAGAAAAGGCUGGAAAUAACUCUACUCAUGAACUGAAGAAGACGUUUAUUGAAAACGGUUAUUAUGUAUCGAUAUUAUUCAAACAUGUACUGGAUUAUAGAGAGCAUUACAUAGAUACUUUACGGCAUCUCACCAUAGAUUUGUUCAAAAACUUGCUGAACCUCCAUUUGUUAUCUAGCGACGUCGAUCCUUGCAAAAGCUGUUUGGUUAAGAAUUGGACUCUUUUUCUUUUAAAUGAUCUUCCUGAAUAUAAUAAUGGAAAAUAUGGUUUGCUCGGCUGUAUUGUGAACGUAGUUAGGACUGAUACAGUCAUUAGAUGGUGUCCCACUCUGCCUGAAGUUUUGUAUAAAGCUUCGAAGGACUCAAAUCUUAUUUCACAUAUUUCAGAUUUAUUGGAAUCUUUGUACCAGGGAUAUUUUGGGUCCGAAGAAGAUUUUCAAGCCAUCUGGUUAAAACCGCUUAUUCAUCAUUUAUGCCUUGAUUCUUCAGAACUAGUAUCUGCUGCAAAUGAUCAUAUUUUACCCAAAUUAUUCAAGGUUCGUCCAUCAAGUAUCCAUUUUUUGAUCACUGAACUUGCUACUGUUUGGGAGAAAAAUAACGGUCAGUGUUUCAGUGCAUUAAUAACAUGCAUAAAGUUACACCAAAAGGAAAAAAAACACAGAUCAGUGCUUGAAUACAUAUCAGAAAAAAGUUUGCAGAAAGCUUUUUGUCACAGUGAUGAUCAGGUUAGACUUUCGGCAUUUGGUUUACUGUGUGAGAAUGUAAAAACAACAGAAGCUGUUUUGCCGGAAGAUCUUGAAUUGAUUAAAUAUAGCCUUCCCUACAACAUUAACUGUCAAUCACCCUCUUUCAGACAACAGAUGGUUGCUUCCUUGAAAAAGCUUUUCUAUAGAAUGAAGGAGAGUAGACACUCGAUGGAGAGAAAUAUUGCCGAUAAGGACAAUGAAACUUCUAAAUGUCUAUUAAUUUUGGAAGCAUAUAAGGAAUUUAUUGAUUGGAUGAUGAAUUUCUUAUAUAAAUCAUUACACCCUGGUGCCAAUUUUCCACGCCGAGUAUCCUCCUUGAACAUUUUAUUUCUUAUACAUUCCUUUUUCAUGGAAUCUCCACUUGGCAAAAAAACUAUUGUUUUCUCAACUUUACUCUUUGUUUUGCAAGACACCUAUGAAAACAAUAAGCAACUAGCAUUGAAAGUUUUAUCUUCUUCAGAAUUUCUAAACUUAAUGCAUGAUGAUACAUUUCUGCUCAGUUCAUUGAAUGCUGCAUUGAUUUUGACUUCCAGUACUAAACCACCUGACACAGUGACUGCUGGUUACUUGUUCUCUUUAUUAGUAUUCAGUGAAGGCUUCAAACCAGUCGUUCUAAGUCAUGUGUCUCAACAGAUGAAAGAUGGCUUUUGCAUUCUUCCCAAGACAGAUUUAAGUCUUAUUGAAAAAGAGGAUUCUGCUUCACUGUCUACUGUGAUUCUGCUGUCAGGAGAGCUCUUGAAGCAAUUUAGGAUAGCUCAGGAGAAUCUGCUGGAUGCAGCAGCUCAUGCACCAAUGUAUGGAGCACUGAGCUGUUUGAAAACUAUUCUAUCUCAAGUGAACUACAGGCAAAUUUUGAACAUUGAAUCAUCGAUUCUCUGGAAUUCUGUUCUUUGUGAAAUUGUGCAGUUAGGUGUGCAAAUUGCUGAUGUUGUUGAGCCUGUUGUUUGUGAUUCAUCUCCUGAGGGGUAUCUACCCGUGGAUAUUAAUUCUGAGAGUAUCACCCAAUUGCAAUCUACAGUUCGUAAGGCUCUCAGUAGCAGGUUUUCUACCGCCAUAGUUCAAGGUGGUCGUCUUUCAAAAGAGGUUUCAGACGUCGAACUCGAUAUAGUCAAAACGCACGCUGUGACUGCUCAAAUACUAUUGCUUUGUUGUUGGAGAACUCACAAAGAAAUAUCACUGCUUUUUGGAGAAAUGUGUGAAAAAGUUCCCAUUAAGAGUGAAAAUGGCACAAUCGGAAUACUUGGUGAGAAUGAAGUUGCCGCUAUUGGUAAUUACUUCAUCCGCCAAAUGACUUUGGUAAAGCACAGGGGAGCAUUUGAACAAGCAUAUGUUGGAUUCGGCAAGCUAUGUUCCACUCUAUGGAGGUGUAACGUUACAAGUCUUAGGGAAUUACCCAAAAUCUGGUUGAAAGAUUUACUCUUAGCCAUUAAAGGUCAGAAUGAAACCAUUCAAUUAUGUCCCACCAGAAGAAGUGCUGGUCUGCCUUUCAUCAUUCAGGCUGUACUUACAUCUGAACCUAAUUUAGCCCAUUCUGCCUUCUUCAAGGAAACCGUCUCAAACUUUUUAAAUAUAGCAUUAAUCAAGAGUGAAAGUAAAAUAGCCAAUGAAGAAAUUCAUGCUUUAAAUAUUUUGAGAGCCCUGUUUCGGGAUGCUUGUUUGAGUGAAGCUUUGGUACCCUUUGCUUCUGAAGCCUUAAAGAUUGCCAUAACUGGUUUUAAGUCUAAAUCAUGGGGAGUACGCAAUGCUUCCACACUUUUGUUUAGUUCCGUCCUGAUAAGAAUAUUUGGUGUCAACAGAGCUAAUGAUGAAGCUCAGAAAAAGAACAGGCUCUCUGGGAAAACGUUCUUUUUCUACUACAAAGAUACUUACUCUUUUUUGAAAAAGGAAUUAGAAAACUGUGCUUCCAUGCUAACUCAAAAUCCCUAUAGUGUUUCUAAAGUUCCGACAUUGUAUCCUGUGUUGCUUGUUCUUGGUAAGCUGUAUCCUACACCUGGAGAAGUUGAUCCUCGUUUAAACUCUUUCAUACCAUUCCUAGAAGUUUGUGGGGGGAGUGCAGUGUGGAAAAUACGAGUCUUGGUGGCCAAAGCUAUGGUGUCUUUGAUUUCCAUUGAAAACAUUCUUCCCACUCUACAAUCAUUAUUUGAUUCAUUGCCAACUCAUGAAACUUUUCUUUAUCAACAAAAUAAAGUUCAUGGAAUUUUGUUACAAAUUUCAUACAUCUUACGAGAAAGUUCACAUGGACCAGAAAAUUCAACUCUUUUGCAAACCCUUCGGGCUUUCUUAUCAAAAUAUUUCCAUUUUGCAUUAAGCUCCAACAGUUGUUAUGCAACCAAAGCUGCCUUUUUAGAAAUUAUUCUUCACUCAAUGGCGAUUGGGCUAUUGCUUGAAAUUAAGGAAGGUCAGUGUAUUAAAGAGAGCUUACUGCUGGACCUGCAAUCAGCUCCAGCGAGCCCUGAUAAAGAUCGUUAUUUGUCGAUAGCAGCUGUUGUGACCACGUUCCAUUCUAUGUUAACAGAAGAACACAGUGAUUCAAAAUGUAAUCUGUUCCUGAACUUACUAGCUUGUUCGCAUGAAUCAGUUAAAUGUACUGCAAUACAGCUUUUGAUCUGGUUUGCUGAAAAUUCAUUGGAUGAAUUUCUUGUUGAACCUGUAUUCUUAGAAGGAUUCCCUCAAUCUUCCAUUCAUUUUUUGAUGCAAAAGCACAAACUUCGGUUCCAGAGUAUUUUAAAGCAAAAUGAGUUAGUGGUGUGUCUCAUUGAUAUGCUUCAUAAUGAAAGAAAAAAUUCUACAUGCUUUGGUAAACUGUGUCAGCUUUUAUGCUCAAUGCCUCACGCUGUUGAGUUGAAAUGGUCAUUCGUGCAGGCUGAAUAUUCAUCAGACGCAUUGAAUAAAUUAGAAUGUUUGCUGUCCUUCUUUGAGGAAUGUGAAAGAGAGGACAUAGUGGAUUCCCUUAUUUUACUGAUUGGUAAAACAGUUAUUUGUGUUAGCAACCUGUUCCUGAAAAAAUAUGAGAGUUUUUCAGUAAUGGAGAUGGAUGAAUAUUCUUCGAUUCUGGAACGAAGUUUCCAAGCAUUUAAGAAAAAUGCUGAGCCUGAGAAUUCCAUACCAAGAAGAAAACUCGUAGCAAAGAUUUUGCAAGACUUCUGUGACGAAUCCUUCUUCAAUCAAUCAAAAAUAUUUGGUAAUCUUGCAUUGUAUUUAUGGGAAACACUCUUAGCUAUUCUGACUGAUGAUGAACCUGAAGUGAAAGAGAUAGCUGCCAUUAUUGUUGUGAAAAUUCAAACUAUUUAUAAUAAUGAUAAUCAAGUAUUACCUGUUGUUUCUACUAAAGCCCUUGAAGAAAUGCUGAGAAUUUUUUUACAAUUGGAUAUUUUCUCAAUUCAAGACUACAUAGGAAUAUUUAUUAAUUGGAUGCUUCUGUAUGAGAAAAAUGUGUUGGAUAAUAUGGGCGAUGAACAUCCUUUCGACAGAGGAGAAUUGAACGUGUUUGCUGAAGAAUUACUCUUAUCUCAACUAGCAUCAGAACAACUCGCUAAUUACUUGACAACUCACUCAGAGUCCCUUAAGAACUCUACUAUUAAAAUAGAUAAGAUUACUUGCUGGUCACCCGUUGGAAACAACAUGACUUUUGACUGCGCAGUCACAAAGUGCCUGUCUGAAAUAGAUGCCAUUUUGGAAAACAUUCAUAAGCGAGGUGCCGUAUUCUUUUUGUUAGAUGGUUAUCUGGGUCAAGAUAUCAUCAGGAUAUGUCAGCAUUUAUAUGCAAUAGUGUCCUUAGUGCCUUGGAUUAAAUCAAAGGAAGCUUUAAAUUGUGGAAUUUCAAGUGUUUUUAGCAAAAUUCAGGAUCUUAAAAUGAACACCUAUAUUUUAGAUAUGCUUUUACUCAUCAUUAGAAACUCGUUGCUUCAACACAGCAAAAGCUGAUACCUGUUGACUGUUAUGUAUUUUUUUUAAAAAUAAUAAAUAUUUAUUUUUUAAAUCUC